ACUUUCUGAUGAAAGUCCACAUUAAGCAAACAAUUCUAUCACCAGCGAACAACAAUGAGAAGCACUUACAAUGAGAAUUGAUCUAUAUUGUUUGCAGACGAUAUUUUAAAAAAGAUCGCAAUGAAGGCAGCAAUAUUGCACGUGUUGAUUGCCUUUUCCUUUUGCAUUUCUGUGGCGACCAGCGGGAUUUUCAGCUCUGUCCUGGUGGAUUUAACCUAUGAUCACUAUGCGGAAAGAAAAGUCGAGCAUCUGCCAGGCUUUUUGGCAAUGCCCUUUAACUCUCUGGUUAACCUAGGAUACAUCUUUAUGGGAAUUUACUGGCUGUUUCGGCGUGCGGGAAACCAAGACCACGAAAAGAGCGCGUAUGUGAAGGACGUGUUCGCUCUCAUGGCCAUAGCGUACGCGCCCGUGCAGUGGGCCCGGCUCGCAACCCUGCGCCGCGUCCCCGCUGUUUUGGACCAGUGGUUUACGCUGCCUAUUUUCGCCUGGGUGCCCGUUUGGUGCCAUUUCAUUGAGCGCGGGUGGCGGCCGCGCUACGCGGUGGCCGUGGAGUUGCUGUCUUUAUCCAGCUACGCUUUGGCGCUGGUGCACGACCGCGGGUUCGAGGUGGCCCUGGGCUGUCACGUCGCUUUCGCCGUGACCAAAGGCGUCCGGGUUCAGCGGCGGCACGGAGACUCCCUCUCCCUGCGGUAUUUCUUCCUGGCGGUGCUUUCCUGCGGCGGCUUCGUGGCGCUGAAGUUGCUGGAUCACCCGCUGGCCCGUUACCGGGCCUUCCAGCACCUAACCGGACACUUCUGGUCCAAAGUGUGCGACAUUCUUCAAUUCCACUACAGCUUCUGCUUUCUCACACACCUAACGAGACUGGCACAGGGGCGGAAAGAAUAGGCGAAGGGGCCACAGGCAGGUCUGUUCACUAAUGUACCACUGAUUAGAGCGUCGUCUCUUAUUCCAGAUAUUCCAGAUAUUUUAACUUUUAAAACUCACGGACGGACAGUAAAACUGCGACUGAGAACGGGCGCGGACCAGCGGAAUGCAGCAGAAGUCGUUUAAAGACCACUACAGCAAUUAGCCACCUGCACAGCAGGACAGGAGUGCUAGUCUGCCAGGAGAGGACCACUGCUUAUGAACAAUAAAGGGACUCAUGCAAGAUUUUUCCAUUGGAGAGAACCAGUCAUUUUACACCAGGUUACGUUUGCGUAGCAGACAUUUUUAUCCAGAGCGACUAACCCUAACCCACGUGUAUGUUCCCCCCCAAACAGCCCCUCCAGCACAGAGGCAACUGUACCAUGCCAGCGAGUGUUAACUGAAUGUUUCUCUAACUCAGUGUGAGCUUUUUAUAUCCUUUUUGUUGGUGGUGAAACUGCUUCCAUUUUUAUAUCUAAUGUCAGUCCUCUGACACCCUCCUCUACGCCUGUAAGACAGGGACUUCAAUUUUUUUUUUCAGCAAAAUUCCCCUCUAACGUGCAAACCUGUAGGCCUUGACGUGGGGUCUCCCCCCGCUUGAAAAUAUUUUGUGAGAUAAAACAAACUGCAUACAGCUGGAAUGAACCAAAAUGUAUCUGUGGCUCUUCAGUGUGCAAAUAAAUGAAUGUUUAAUGUAUGUCUCAAGAAAGAGAAGAAAUAAGCACAUAAAUGAAUUAAUGUAUAAUGAUGAUGUCAUUGCACCAAAUGCACCAGAGAGGAAGCUUUUCACUUCUUGCUGUGGAUUUCAGAAACACCAUGGUAACAUGUAUCAAUAAAUGUGAUCUCUUUUAC